UUAGGCUAAGAUGAAAAGGCACACUGCAGCUGGUAGGAAAACGUUUAAAAGGAGACGAAAAGAAGUGAUUAAUCUGACCUACCAGCGUCCAAUGGGUCUUUUUACCGAUCUACCAGAAGAGAUCAUACAGAGUAUUCUGGGUGAAUACAUUCCUUUGAGCUCAUUGGCAGUAUUGGCACAAACAAGCAAAUCUAUGUGCACUUACAUUAGAGAACUGGCCAUCGACAGUCAAUUAAUCAUACAACCAAUUUGUAAAUACAUUGUUAAAAACUGGUGUCCUAGAAUUUCAGUUUAUUUUGCUCACAUAGGAUCCUUUUUAAGAAUGGCAUCGUCUUACUUGAACACAAAAGAUAAAUUAAGAGUGUUAGAAACAUUCAUUUUUACAUUGGAAGAAUCAUUCAUAGAGAUAAGUCAAAAGUUAUCACUUGAGUUUGCAUAUGACUGUAUCGGACUAUUGAUACAAAGAUUUGUAAUCAAAUGGGAUGAUGAUGGUCUCCGGGAAGUCUUUACUGUAAUCAGCAGAUUGUCAAAACUCCAUGAAAGAUUAAACAGAGUUCUCUCAGUUGACAACCCUGGAAUACUGAGGAAAUUCGAGCAAGAUAUCAGACUCUUUGUUCGACUGGUUUUUAUUGAGAAAGUAUCUUCGUCAGAUCAGCAUUGUUUAUGGUUGUCCCUUUUAAUGGAAUUGUUUCCAACACAACGGGCUAGAUUACUGUUUCUCUUGUAUGGACCUACUGAGGAAGUCGAGGAUGAAGGUAGUGCCAUAGUUGAUUGGUAUCUACUAGCUCAAUGUACUGAUUAUGGCCAUUUUAUCUGCCCAUAUGAAAUCUUAAAAGACCUCGCUGAUGUUUUUACUCUGGUAUCUAAUUCUGAGAGGUUCAAGUGGUCAGAGACAGCCAUUAUACGGUUCUUCAAUGAAAUAACAUGUACCCCAGAUGAAUGGUGUCACGAGAACCAAGCAAAGCUCCUUUUUCUAUUGGGACAAGACAUGGCUGUAAAGAUUCUUCAAGCAAAACUCAAAACAAACAACAUAUCUGAUUUUGCAGGCAUUGCUUAUCACCUGGCACAAGUAUCGUCACCAAGCUCACAAGAAAGUUCCCCGCAUUCACUGACCUGGUUUGUUGAGGUGGUAUUCAAAUCCAUAUUAGUACUCCCAGCACCAUCUUCAAGAAGCUAUGUCAUAGCUGAGAUAUUCAGCACUUGGAAGGAGAAUAUUCAGUCAUUAACAGAUGACCUUCAAGAUAAUUUCAUUCUCAAUGAUUUUGGUAACCUGGUAGAAAGAUGGCGUGCUUCAGUAACAAACCUUUCCUUGUUAACCCAUCUUCUCACUGAAGCUUUAUUGUCUGAUAAACCUGGGAGCUUGAUCAGCUGUAAAAAGCUCUUUCAACAUGACAACGGAAUCUAAUAUCAAACUGCGUUCUUCAAACAGUGUUAUUUUGUCUGUUCUUUUCAACUUUUCAACUUAUACCGCUCACGAUAAAAUUAUUACACAUCUGCAUCUUUGUUUAAGGGGGCCACGGUCCUAAUUUUGUGAAUCAUGGACAUCUACCAGAUACUUUUUACUCCAUAAAAAACAUUGAUCCUGGCCGAAAUUGUAGGUUCUUAAAUUUAGCGUGUUACAUGUAUAAUUCUAUUGCUCAAUUUUCAACCGUGAUUUACCCAAAAUUAAAAUUUUCUUAUACAGAAUAACACAUAUGAGCCAUUAUUUUGGCCAGGAUUAAUAUUUAUGAUGGAAUAAGAAGCAUGGCAUCUGGAAGAUCUCAGUCACCUCUUUUAGAAAAUAUCAUAAAAUCUAUUUCCAUGAUUCACAAUAUUGGGACCCCCCUGGCCCUUCCCUUUAUACUUUUAUGUCUGUUGUUCUAAAUGUGGAUAGAAUUGGAGUGAGUUAAUCAUUAUCACAAAGUUGAUCUGGUUCAGCGUCAACUAUUCUAAUGCAAAUGUUUUCAAUGGCUAGUUUAGAUAUGUUUGAAAACAUUUCGUUUUUGUAAAAUUUUAACGUAGAAAUUAUAUUUAUUCUUUUAUUGAAAUGACUUAGUGACAAUUGGAGCUGAGCAGUAUUGCAAUGAUUAGUUUGAAAUAUUAUUUGGU